UCAGAUUUAGGUAAUAUUAUGGAUUUUAUUGACAAUUGUGGGGCGAAAGGAGAACUCCAAUUACCCUCGUAAUUGUUCCCACAUAUAUUGUUUGAUAGACUUUCUUGGAGAGAGGUAAUUAAUGGUUCCCCGCAUCAACCUCAACACCACCAUAUCAACACCAUCGUAUCUUCAUAUCCUUGCCGCAUCUCAUCGUGACAUACAAUGGCUUCAAAGGUUCUCAAACGCCGUGGUGGCAACGCCUCUGGUUAUGGCUUAGAGCAGGAUCUCGCCGCGAUACGUAACCCCGGAGAGGCGAGGCCGAUCCCCGCUCCUCCAUCCGACCUCGAGACCCUCAGCUCCCCCACCGGCGGCGACAGCUUCACCUUCCGCAGCUUCACGGCCGCCGACGCCUACGAGCUGGGCCACCUGCUGCACGCGCGCCUGCUCCCGUUCUCGGCGACGUCGCCGACGCUCGUGUCCAUCUCGCUCGCGGCCGGCGGGCAGGUGCUGUUCCAGGCGGCCGUGGGGUCGGGCGCGACGCCCGACAACGAGGAGUGGGUGCGGCGCAAGCGCAACGCCGUCCUGCGCUUCGGCCGCAGCACGUGGCUGCUCAACCGCCGGUUCGGCGACGACGCGUCGUUCCGCGCCCGCAUGGGCAUCAGCCCCGAGCGGGCCGCCGAUUAUGCCAUCCACGGCGGCGGCGUGCCGAUCCGGGUCGUGGGCGUGGAGGGCGUUGUGGCGGUGGUGGUGGUCAGUGGGUUGAGGCAGGAGGAGGACCAUGCUGUGAUUGGGGAUGUCAUUAUGGAGACCUGGGAGUACGAGUGAGAUGCUGGUAUGCUGAGAGGUGACCUCGAUUAGAGUAUCUCCUGGGAAAAUGUAAACAGGAUCAAUUCUCUUUAUGCCACGUAAAUGCAGAGGUCCUCCUGCCAGAAUGGGAAACCUCAUCUCUCGGUUCUCCAGGUGCAGCUGCCAAUGGGAGGCCGCCUUGCUCUUGUCUAAUUCGGUCAGGUGGCUCAUCCCCACAUCCCAGGAAACUUUACCCAGACCUGGGCUGAAGCUGAAACGAGGGCUGAAGUACGGAGGGA